GUCGUGCGGAGACUCUACGCGCGCAUGAAUGUGAGUGUGAGCGUCGUCUAGCAAAGGAAUUGUGCACAGUAACCGCGCACAACUUCUACAUAUACGUCCAUUGUACAGUUCAUUAUUACGCAUUUUAACGCUUACUUCAAGCGAUGUGAGCGCACGAUAGUCGCCGCCACGACAUAGACACGCUUCGACCAUUGGUCCAAAUAGUUCGUUCGACAUUGCGCCGACUAUCAAUGUGUGUGUGUGCAAAGUGCGCAAACUGUCAAAGAACGCGGUUUUCGGUUGAUUUAAACCCGCAUAUCAAUCGCACAUCUUCAUUAACACAUUCUAAUAUUCGCAAAUUGUUGUUACCAAGUGUUGGAAUCAACAUUUAAUGAAUGGAGUAAUUAAAACAUUAAAAUACAUACAAAUCGUAACGAAUCAACAUUAACAAAAGGCAGAAAAUAUUAGAAGAAUAGAAAAUAAAACAAAAUGAAAAUCAUGGAAAAAUUCGGCGUUCCUGAACCACAGUGGAUUUUGGCUAAUACUGAAGCAGGAAGAUUCUGGCGUCGUGAAGAUAAUGAUAAUGAUGAUACAUCGAAAAAAUGCAGAGUGAGUUUCCGAUGCGAGCCCGAUAUCAGAGAAUUCCUGCGCGGUGAACACGAACUGCAAGAGAUCGAAUGGCCAGACGACAUGAACGCGCCUGGAAGUUUCAUCAUGUGUAUGACGUGUUUGUUCUGCAUCGCCAUCAGCGUAAUACUACCGUGGUACAUAAUUGGGGGCGGCACGACAACAACGCCCGCGUCGACCGCCACCGCCGCUGGUAGCAUACUAUAAUUACCGGCGCAUGCAAUAGGUGGUUGUUCGACUACCACUAGGGUAUAACCAGGGACUUAAACAAAAAAAAGAAAUUAACUAGAAGAGCGCGUACAGCCGCCUUCCUCCUUCGAGCACAUUUUCCGAACCGGAAAUAUUACGCUAUGUGUGUAGACAGUAAAUGGAAAAACGGGCACCGGCACAACAGCACAAGGUAAACAUCCGAAAAAUAAUCCUCGGCAGUAAAUCACGAAAAUGUAAAUCGUGGAAUGGAAAGCGGUAAAGGCAACAACAAGGAAGCAGCACCGGAAAUGAACAUUUACCAUGCGUCCUGGCCAGGGGCGUUGAUGAGUUUUGCGGUUUGCGCAAAUAGAUUACUAAUUUUGAAUGUGUGCCGCGCACACCAAGGACAAUCAAGGUUAACACAAUUGAAAAUUGUGGAAAAACUUCCAUUAAAUGGUUAAAGUAUUAGCUUUAAACACAUUUUCUAUUUAUAUUAUGAUUGAUAAUAGUGGUGAAAUGAUUUUAUACUCUAAACUAACUAGAAUUAACCAACAAUAAUAUUUAUUACCUCAAUGAAUAAAUAAAUGAUUGAUUUUCGAGGCUA